AAUGAAUCGGACGGUUGAUAGUCCAUGAAGGGGACCGGAAAGAAAAGCGAAUCGGCGCUUUGUAUAAUUUUACUUGAUUUUCCUAUUUGGAUUUAAUGCUCCCUUCAUAUUCGUCGCCGUCCUUCGCUCCAUUUGCUUCCCUUCUUCCCCGCCAUUGAUGAUUCCUUGCACUGUCAUUGUUUCUUAUUCAGAUUGACUGUAUUUUCGUCUUGAAUUUCUCUUCUUCAUCCAUUUUAUUCGAUUCACAUCUUUGAAUUUGAAGUGUAACUAUUGGAUUAAUGCAAGUGUUGUUUGUGUUUGGACAAGUUAAUCGAGGUUCCGACAGAAGUCAAGGUGUGUUUCUAUGUUAAAUUUGUUGGCUCUGGCUUAACUUCCUUGCGAUUGAGUUGAAUGUAUCUGUUUUCGGGAGAAGAAAAAAAGUUAUUAAUCAAAGGUGAGUAGAGAGAGACUGAAAUUAGAGGAGGAAGAAGAAAAAUGGUGAAGUUUCGAUGAGUGGAAUUUUCCGUCCGGUUGACAAUGGAGCGGAAUUACCCCUAUGAGAAUGGAGUGAUGAUGACGAGAGACCCAAAGCCAAGACUGAGAUGGACUGCUGAUCUUCACGACCGUUUUGUAGACGCGGUCACCAAGCUUGGUGGGCCGGAAAAAGCAACUCCCAAGUCUGUGUUAAGAUUGAUGGGUUUAAAGGGCUUGACUUUGUAUCACUUGAAGAGCCAUUUGCAGAAGUAUAGACUUGGACUGCAAACACGAAAACAAAAUGUGGCAGAGCAAAGGAAUGAAAGCAGUGGUACCCUUAGCAAUUUCUCCGGAGUAGAGGAAGAUGACAGAGGGAUGCAAAUUGCUGAGGCUCUUAAAUCACAUGUUGAAGUCCAAAAAACAAUACUAGAACAACUCGAGGUACAAAAUAAACUACAAAUGAGAAUAGAGGCUCAAGGAAAAUACUUGCAAGAUAUCUUAGAGAAUGCACAAAAGAGUCUGGCACUCGCCAUUAACAGUAACCUUGGUAGUCUUGACCAAAGCACAGAAAUGCAGUUAAUAAACUUCGAUGCGGCUCUGUCAGAUCAAAUUGAAAAAUUUAAGAAACAAGAAAUAAGAGGAAGUAUAACAAACCUAAAUGAUGUUUGUAAGAAGACCGGUGAUUCACUCAUCCAGAUAUGCAAAAUGGAGGCUGCAGAAGAAGACACAAACGAGUUUAAUAUCGAAAAGAAUAUGAUCAACUUUGAUUUGAAUUCCAAAGGUGGCUAUGAUUACAGUGCAAACGGGGCUGAAAUACUUGAGCCCAAAGUGCUUCCUUGUUCAAGGUAAAUCAAAUUCAUGCAAGUGUAGUUCGUUUCUUGAGACAAUGUUUUGAAGCCUUUUCUCCAACAGCCUUUGAAGAAUAUAUGUGGUAAAAAUGUCCAACUCGAGCCUCAAGUCUCCAUUUGCAUUUGCCACUUGUCUUUAUUCAUAUGAAUGAAGAAUUUCAGAAGGUUGAAAUACCAUAAUUUCACUUUUUAUUUACCCCUUAUUUUUCUCUGGUUGUAAAAUAGACAUGUUUUGUUUGGUAUAAUGUUCUUGUCUUCUUAACUUAUCAUUAUUUAUUGGAAGUCUUUAUACUUAUAUACAAUUCUUUUUCAAAGCCCAGACUUUGGAGUUCUUAUUCAGCUCAUCCAUCAUUUACCUAGUGGAGUUGCUCCUUGGGAUCUCUCAUUUUGUAUA